GAGCACGUGCUUUGGUUGACUGACUCUCUCUAGCUUCAUCUCCCCUCCCUUAUAAAAGGGCUACUCUUGUUUAGAAUUGAAUGCACAGAAAAAAAAAACAAACAAACAAACAAAAAACAAAAGGAAAUGGGAGCUAAGUGUGCUCUGAAGAUGCCUAAAAUCAUACUGGUUCCAUAUCCAGCACAGGGCCAUGUGACUCCCAUGCUUAAGCUAGGUUCAGCCUUCCUCGGCCAGGGGUUCCAACCCAUCAUUGUAACCCCAGAGUUCAUUCACCAUCGGAUCACUGCAAACAUGGACCCCAUCGAUGAAAUAAGGUUCCUGUCAAUACCAGAUGGCCUAAGCGAAGAGGGUCCUCAUGAUUUCUUUGCCAUAGAGAAAGCUAUGGAGAAUACCAUGCCAACACAUUUGGAGGGCCUCAUUCAUAGAGUUGAUGAAGAAGAAGAAGAUGGAAGAGUAGCUUGUGUUGUCAUUGAUUUAUUGGCUUCAUGGGCCAUUCAAGUUGCCUACCGAUGUCGGAUCCCUGCCGCCGGCUUCUGGCCCAAUAUGCAAAUUACUUACCGGUUGAUCACCGCCAUUCCGGACAUGCUCCGUUCCAGCCUGAUUUCUAAAACAGGAUGUCCCCAACGUCAAGGUACUGUAUGCUGCCUUCCCGGCCAGCCUAUGCUAUCAACCGAAGAUCUUCCAUGGUUAAUUGGAACUCAAGCUGCAAGGAAUGCAAGAUUCAAGUUUUGGACUAGAACCUUAGAACGUUCUAGAUCUCUUCGAUGGCUGCUCGUGAAUUCCUUUCCCCACGAGUUCACCGGUGAUGAUCAUAACUCUACAGAUCAUGACAAUCCUAUCGUUUUUCCAGUUGGACCUUUGAGUAAACCUGCAAUAGUGAAGAAUCCUAGCUUUUGGGAAGAAGAUAGUAGCUGCAUAGAUUGGUUGGACAAGCAAAAGCCUAACUCAGUGCUCUACAUUUCGUUUGGGAGUUGGGUUAGUCCCAUCGGAGACGCCAAAAUCAAAACCCUGGCAUUGACACUGGAGGCAUUGAGGCGACCAUUUAUUUGGGUGCUAGCGCAUGCAUGGCUCCAGGGUUUACCAAAUAGGUAUUUGGAGAGAGUUUCAAAGCAAGGCAAAGUGGUUUCAUGGGCACCACAAUUGCAAGUGCUGCAACACAAGGCCGUGGGGUUGUACCUCACACACUGUGGGUGGAACUCUACCGUGGAAGCCAUACAAUGCCAAAAGCGACUUUUGUGCUUUCCGAUCGCGGGAGAUCAAUUCGUCAAUUGUAAAUACAUUGUCAAGGUUUGGAAAAUUGGAGUGAAGAUUAAUGGAUUUGGACAGAAAGACGUGGAAGACGCUCUGAGAAAGGUGACGGAGGAUGGUGAAAUGAAGGAGAGAUUAAUGAAGCUAUACGAGAGGACCAUGGGAGAAGAGGCUACUUCUAGAGCUGUGGCUGAUCUCAAGGCUUUUCUUUUGGACUCAACCACCAAACAGUUCAACUCCCUAAAAGAUGUGUACAUGUACUAAAAUGAAAGUGAGAUAAUUAAUGCAAUAAUAUAACUACUACCAAAACUUUGUUCAAAA